CGGCUCUCUGCCGGAACUACAUGUCCCAUGAGGCGCCGGGCGGCCGCAGCUUCCCACCGGAAAGACGCUAGCUCCUGUGGGAGAGGAGCCCAAAAGCAUUGUGGGAGAAAGGGUCUUCCUUUCCGUUUGGCGGCCGCCAUCAGGUAAGCGGAGAUGGGCGCCUACAAGUACAUCCAGGAACUAUGGAGGAAGAAGCAGUCGGAUGUAAUGCGCUUUCUUCUCAGGGUGCGCUGUUGGCAAUACCGCCAGCUCUCGGCGCUCCACAGGGCCCCCCGUCCCACCCGGCCCGACAAGGCGCGCAGGCUGGGGUACAAGGCCAAGCAAGGUUAUGUCAUAUAUCGGAUUCGGGUGCGCCGUGGUGGUCGCAAACGCCCAGUUCCUAAAGGUGCAACCUACGGCAAACCUGUGCAUCACGGUGUUAACCAGCUAAAGUUUGCUAGAAGCCUUCAGUCUGUUGCAGAGGAACGAGCUGGACGCCACUGUGGGGCUCUGAGAGUACUCAAUUCUUACUGGGUUGGUGAAGAUUCCACAUACAAAUUCUUUGAGGUUAUCCUCAUUGAUCCAUUCCAUAAAGCUAUCAGAAGAAAUCCUGACACCCAGUGGAUCACCAAGCCAGUCCACAAGCACAGGGAGAUGCGAGGGCUGACCUCAGCAGGCCGCAAGAGCCGUGGCCUUGGAAAAGGCCACAAGUUCCACCACACCAUUGGUGGUUCCCGCCGUGCCGCCUGGAGGAGGCGCAACACUCUGCAGCUGCACCGCUACCGCUGAGGAGUAAUGUUUGUAAAGUUCUCACCUAAUAAACAGUUUAGGACAGUUGUGUCUGCUUAAAAGUGUUCUUUAAUUUGUCUGCUAAAACUAGUCUGCAGAUUGUUUCAUGAAAGCAUUGUCAAAUUAUGAAAGUUAAAGUGCAAUAAUGUCUGAAUACUAUAAGUGAUGGUGUAUAUCCUGUUUCUAGUAAGAAACGUUUUGUCCUUGCUUUAUCUUACUAGGGAAUUUAUGUCAGUGUUUACAAUGCUUUGGUAAAAUAGGUGUAAAAUAAAUUAUGUAAAAGGAAUGCAGAAGCUAGCCAUGUAGAUUUGUUAUGCAUGUGAUGAAACCUACAGCUUUACGGGGUUGUGCAGUGCUCUGUUGUUACACUCACAAGUGGCUGUCUCUGCUGUUUGGCAAGGACAAACGUUAAAUGGGAUUUUACAUGGAAAUGAGAAGGAUAUCCUAGUUCUUUAUCAUGAUCAUAUGCAUAAAAAUGUUUUUAGAGUAAGUCCACAUUUAGAUUGUCCAAUCUCCCAUUUACGUUAACUGCUGCUCAUGAAAAAAGUUAAAAAGCCAUCAUUUUUUAGGAGAGUUGAAUAAACUCAUAAGAGGAUUCUCUUAGAAGUGAAAAUACCUUGGUUAAGAUGAAAGUUGUCUUGGUGUCUCUAUAGUGCUGUUAAGCACAUAAAAGGUGGAGGCUGCUGGUUCAGUCCCUAACUACAUGGGAUCUCUAGAAUACUGAAGAACUGGGGAAGGAAGGUUUGUAAGCUAUUAGUUGGUGCUAGGAUUGGAAAACUUGCCAUCAAAUAACCUUUAUGAGUGUGGGGGUAGAAGAUUAGCUUUAACUAGAAUUUUAAACGCUUUAUUAAGUGUUAAUUUGUGACCAUCAUGAACUCUCCUCUGGGGAAAAAUUGUUGACUUUAUUUAAAAACACAUUGCUCAGUUCAAUCAGUCAUGAGUCAUCUUGGGUCAACCCACAUAAUAUCCCACAGGGUCACUGAGGUCAGUUGGUGUCAGUACAAACAGUUCUUCAUGAUCUGCAAUCUAACCUUACAUGUCGUCUACAUUUGUUUUUCUCAUCUUUGCUCAAACUACCGUCAGAAUCCAAACUUGCCAGGCCAUCAAUUGUGCCCACCUUAAGGGUGCAUUUUGGGGUGUAGUUGCAGAAGAGGAAUUGCCCCAAGUCUGUGUGAUAGUAGGGAUUUGCUGACUUAAAUAUAAAUAUUUUGUAAAAAGUGGAAUUGCUGGUUUCCCUAAGCCAGUUUUUCUCCUGUUUUAUUCAGGGGUCUUAAAAGACCCAGUAAAGAAUUCCAGACAACAUGUAGCAGGCUCAUUAAACCUUUUGAGAUUUAAGGCCCUCCCACUCAAAUCUUAAACCAUAUAUUUUGUGUUUAGAAGUUGUUCAGCCAAUGGAAUAAAUGUUCAUUAAACUAAAA